AUGGACAUAGGCCACGCGACCAUCUCCGAAGCAGAUCUGACACGUCUAUUGCCCACCUGUCAAAGAUGCCGUCGUCUGAGAAGAAAGUGCGACACAAAUCUGCCUGCCUGUCGUCUGUGUCAAAAGGGCAAAGCUGAGUGCACCUUUUUUGAUCAUGCCUUGCAACAGACUCUACCGCGAAGCUACGUCCAUUCACUCUUGACCCGACUGGGCCGCCUGCGUGCCGUUCAAGCAUCUGUCAAUGGGACAAAUGAGCCGCUCAGUGCCUUCAAAAUCCCUCACCAUGAACGGAACACGUCGACGACAUCCGCCAAUCUCGACCCUCCUCUCAACGAUUGGGGCACUUACACCAGCGACCUUUCAUUCGACAAGCAUUUCAUCAUAGAACAUGCCAAUCCCACAUGUUGGCAGUUCCUGGGCAGCAGCUCGCCUUAUGCCUUGGUGGUGGAAGUCCUCGUGCAUGCUCAGUCCAAGCUGGGUUCCAUGGUCCAUCACCCAGACUAUGCUGGGCCUGAGUUCUGGCUCAAUGCCCAGAGCACAGAGGUCGCCGAGCCGUUACAGCCCAGGGCUACACCGUCGCGGGCUGAGAUUGUGAUGCUCACCAACUUGUACAUGUCGACCACCAAUACCCUGAUGACCUUCUUCGACCCCGAGGACAUGACUUACGAGAUCGAUACCUAUUUGCGCCACCAUGGGUCAAAUGUCAAGUAUCUCACUGGCAAGGAAGCACAUCAGUUUUUCCGGGUUGCCAUGAUCUGUGCCAUCGCCUCGGCGAAUAAGGCGAGGCAUCACUCCGUGUACGACACCGAAUCCAUGGCCUACUACUCCGAAGGUCUGCAGUGUGUUGAAGAGGUGACUUCAGAUGUGUCUCCAGAUGCACUUCAAGCCCUUUUGCUCCUUAUUCUGUUUACUUUGUUUCAGCCACGGAAAGGCGACAUCUGGAAGCUGUUGGAUUUCGCCUGUCGUUUGAGCGUGGAGCUCAACUAUCAUACCGAGACCAACGACGAAUACGAAGACGAAAAAAGCCGCAAGAAGCGUCGCGGCAUAUUCUGGGGACUGUAUUGCAUCGAGCGGACGAUGGGCCAGCAUCUUGGUCGGCCUUCGGAUCUGACAGAAGAAAUCAUCACCGCUGAAUAUCCUGCCUCGUUGAAUGAAGCCGCGAUGGCCGAUCCAGACACGCUGCAGAUUAUUCUUACUUCACACUACUACCGACUGACAUAUCUCCGCUCCGAAGUCUUCCGCGAAUUGUACCUCCCGGCGAUUGCACCAACAUUACCCCGGAUGUGGUAUGAGCAAACCGUCGAAUCCAUGUUGGCGUGGCGGCGAGAAAUACAAUUCAUCGAGGCCACGCCUGGCAUGGGCAGCAUGACAUGCGAGUCGGGCUUUGAUACUUCCAUCUGCUUCCUAUUCCAGCCUCUGUUAUUACGAGCACUGGCGGCCACCAAAGAUUCUAUUUUAGGGCCAGAGAUUACUGAAGUCAUACCGCGCGAGAGCUACCACUCUGCCGUCAAGGUCGUUGAAUUCUACAACAAGCUCUUCCGCAGCGCCGAGGGCACUCCUUGGGGGAUGUAUCCUAUCACCAUGAUUUCGGCGCACUAUAUCCACCAAGCGACUAUAAUUAUCAUGGCACACUGUCUGUUGGCGAUCGACGGACGAUUACCGGUCGUGAGCUUUUCGAGAGAGCUCAGUGGCGAUGCAGAAGGCCCAGUGGACUUCAGUGGAAUCCAUGAGAUCUCUGGGACGUGCUUGAUCUUGUUAAACACCCUAUCCAAAAAGUGGGCCGGCAUGGUGGGCAUUUUGGAUAUCUACAAGAGUCUGCAAGCAAAGGUGUUGCCUAUCAUGAUGCGGAGUGGGCUGGGUUGA